GUACCCACAUCGUGCAGGCCAUCAAGAAGGAGACGGUGAGGGUGAGAGAAAGCUGGGAUUUACAGCUUAAUCAAGGGAUUAUGGUGACUGAAGAACACAACAGGUCCUCAGAUGCAUACAUAUUUGAGCUGUUAUCCAUGGUUCUUGCCUUGAGUGGUUCUAAUGUAGGGAGGACCUUUUUGGCUCAGCAGCUUGGCUUGCUGCAAGAUCUACUUAGUUUACUCCAUACAGCCACACCUAGAGUACAGAGACAGGUAGUAUCCCUGCUAAGGAGAGUGUUACCAGAGGUCCAGCCACAGGUGCUGGCACGUCUCCUCAAUGUCCCCUCCCUCCCACCAGAAGACUUCAGUAUCAUAGCUGAGGCUAAAAAGGGUGGGGAGGAAGUGAACCUUGACCCCACAAAGCCUGGAAUUCUGGAUGUUUUCCUGAUCUGUAUCGCCAAGGCAUUGACGGUCCAGAUGAAGGUCAAGGGCAGUGGAAAGGCUGUCAAUACUGUGGAUUCUGCCACCAGUAUUCCUACUGAGAGUGUGCAAUCCAGCUCAAGAUGGUGGCUUAGAGGAGGGAUGAACAACAAACUUGCAGAAACCAUCAUUACCCUGCUUAAAGACAUGGCUUCUGGUCAGGUGUCUGAGGCAUGGGGAAGGGUCACCAAGGGGGCAGUGGCUGAGAACAUACUGAACCUCACCAAGAUGGGAGAGAACUUGAGAGUGCCAGCAGAAUGCAUUAAAACACCAACUUUGUGGCUAGCCCUGGCAUCCCUUUGUGUCCUUGACCAUGAUCACGUGGUCAGUCUGUCCUCAGGUCAGUGGAUUAGUCCAGAUGGUCAGCAGGGACAACCCAGGCCCACGUGUGAUAACCAUGACGAUGGAGAGACGUCUGCCAUCAUCUUGUGUGACAUGUGCGGCAAUCUGUGCGCAGACUGUGACAGGUUUCUUCACCUGCACAAGAGAACUAGGUCCCACAAGAGACAGGUAUUCAAAGAGGAAGAGGAGGCAAUCAGGGUGGACCUUCAUGAAGGCUGUGGUCGUACAAAGUUGUUCUGGGUGAUGGCGCUAGCAGACUCUGCAAGUCUGAAGGCCAUGGUGGAAUUCAGAGAAGGAGACAGAGGUAAGACUCUAACCAGUGCUAUCUCCAUGGGAGUGUGCCGUUUCUGUGGCAACCAGAGUUCAACAGGUCUGCUGUCAAUGGGGAAUGUGUGCUCAGACCCCGACUGUCAGGAAUAUGCCAAGACUGCCUGCAGGAAGGUGCAGUCAUGUGGUCACAUGUGUGGUGGUAUAGCCGGGGAGUAUCCCUGUCUUCCUUGCCUCCAUGGCUGUAAGAAUCCAGGACAGACUCAUGCUCUCAAACAGGAUGCUGACGACAUGUGCAUGAUAUGCUUUACUGAAGCUUUGUCUGCAGCACCAGCAAUACAGUUAAUCUGCAGUCACGUGUUUCACCUUCACUGCUGUCGCAAAGUCCUGGAGAAAGGCUGGAUUGGGCCAAGGAUAACAUUUGGGUUUGCUUCCUGUCCAAUAUGCAAGCGUGAGAUUGACCACCCAUUGCUGAAGGAUUUGCUUGAUCCUACACGCAAACUGUAUGAUGACGUGAAGCGUAAAGCCCUAAUGCGACUGGAAUACGAAGGAUUGCAUAAGAGUGAAGCUAUUACUACGGCUGGUGCGAGGUUUUACAAUGAUCCAGCAGGCUUUGCCAUGGACAGAUAUGCUUAUUAUGUGUGUUACAAAUGCAAGAAGGCUUAUUAUGGUGGAGAAGCCCGAUGUGAUGAACAGCUGGAGGGCGGAGAUGACUACGACCCCACUGAACUGGUGUGCGGUGCUUGCUCUGAUGUCUCAAGGGCACAGGUGAGUGCCAUGUCUGAUUUGACUGGUUUGCUACAUGGUAACUUUCUCAAUAUGUGA